AUGCAGGAGCCAAUGCCUUUGAAUUUUUAUAUGCAGAAAAGCUGAUGUGACGCAAAAGAUGGUCUAGGAGUUUGAAGGGUAGGGAGGAUAAAAAAGCGGCAAAAAAAUCUCAUAACUAUUCAUUUUGAUGGGUGAAGUGACAAAUGGAAACAAGUUUAUUGCCUUCAUUCAGAUUUAAUAGCACCGUUCCGCAUGCACUCUAAAGGAUAUACAGGGCAGUCAAAAUUAGCUCUUAGGGAAUGAGAUUACAGUGAAGACAACUUAAAAAUUCAUGAAGGAAAAAUAGACCUGCUUGUCAGAAAUGAAUUUUCUGUAUUCAAUGCUAGAGAAUUGACAAGCUUUCUUAGAGGCGAUUUAUUUAUACAAGUGGACUGUUUAAUGAGCUUUACAUAUACAAAUCCAUCAAAAGACAUCCCAAGAGUCUGCGUCUACUUCAAUUAUGUUUUAGAUAUCAUUAUAAAAUGGCUCCAAAUAGCACCUAGUAAAUUUGAAGGCUCCAAUUUUAAAGAUCCAGACGCUUAUUUAUAUGAAAGGCCUACGUCUAUAUAUAAGGCAGGCUACGAAAUGCUGGAAACCUUAAUCAACAUUUUAGGACUUAACCCAAGGACUGCAAAAUUCUAUGAAAAAUACAAAGCACUCACGAACACAAAGCAGCUUAUACAGAAUUUUAUGAAUAAACAAGGGAUGAUUUAUAUAAAAAAUAUUAUUGAAAGUAAGCUACCUUUGGAAGAUUUUUGGAAUUUUUUAGUAUUUUGUAUUAAAUUGAUUGUGUCUAUAUAUUUUGAUAUAAAUUAAUGAUUUGUUGUGUUAGGAGUCAAUUAAGCAGGGAUUAGUUCUUCCUCAAUUAUUUGCAGCAGGUGGUGCAAGUGCAGCUAACAGAUAUAUCCCGGAUUAUUUAGAAGCAUUAGUAAACAGUCUUGACAGCAUCAGUGAUGAAGGCAUGAUGGAAAUUUCAAAUAAUUAUCAAAAACUAGAGCAGUUUAUAGAAAACUCCAACAAUAUGAUGAAGCUGGUCCUCCCUGACAAUCAAAGGGAAGUCUAUAUUAACCUUUUCCGAAGCAAGUUUAGAAUGGAUAGACAGUCUUUUAUAAUGAAGCGGGCAACAGAGUCAGUUUUAGAGUCUUCUAAAGAUGCCAGCCCUGAAAUCCCCACCCCAAUUAUCGACUUCCAUGAGCCCAAAUCAUUUCCGACCCCAAAAGAAAGUUCUAAACCUAAACUCCCGAUUCCCCCUAAAAGUCCUCAGCGUCCUCCUGUCUACUCUGCCCCAUCCAUUCCACAGUCUUCUCCUCAGUCUUCUUCUCAAAUUUCCACCCCAGCCCUAUUAGAAAUCCAACUUUCCCUUUCAAACUUAAAAUCCUACGUAGAAUCCAAACACCAAGAAUGCGUCGAUCUAAUAGAAAAAUCAUUAAAAACUGGACUUGAUAAAAAACAAGAAAAUGACUAUAAAUUAGAAGAAGUUUUUAAGGCGCAUAAUUCUUGUGAUCACCAAGAAUUUGCAGUCUUAAGUGCCAUGGAAUUUUUGCUGACUGAAAACAAGGUCCAGGAUGCCUUAAAACUGCUGAGGUGGAGGAAAAAAAUAUACCAAAUUAGCUGAUUUUACCAUAAAAAUGCAUUAAAAAUACGCAGAAAAAGGUUAAUAUAGCUGAGAAUAUUAAAAUUAGCUAAUAUGAAUGGAUGGGAAAUAGCUGAAGAUGUAGCCAAAAGGACUCUUCAGAAGCUAGAAGUGACGUCAAACGAUGUUAUCGACGCAAAUCUUAGGUCAGUUUUGUCAUCGAGGAACUCCUUAGAUUCACAAUAA